AUGGCAAGAUCAGGUCAUUCCACUCAGUUGACUUCCACUUCUGGAAGACAUAGGGCGCGUCAACCACAGACACAGAAGUUCACAGACAACGAAAUUUUGGAGUUGAAGAACUACCUUCCUGAGUGGACUUCGGCGAAAAGGAAUGAGAAGCGGGCAGGUUUCACUGCCAUAGCUAGGGCUGCCAGGCUAUUUGCUCCCAAGGUUGACCAAGCACAAUGGAAGAAGAGGAAGCGGAUGUACAAGACAUGGUUGUUCAACAACAAGAAAAAGAAGGAGAGGAAGGACAUGAUAAAGUAUGGGAGGAAAUGGACUCCCAGGCAGGUGAUCUACCAGCAGAAGUGGGAGGAGGUGCUGAAGAGGAUCAAGGAUGAGUCCAGGGCAAAGCCAGGAGGUCCUGUUGGAGAAGGCGAAGGACACAGCCGAAGAAUGGUCAAACAACUUUCCACCUCCGAGAUACAAGCACAAGUGGCUCGUAAGAAGGGACCGGUGUAUAUGGAGCACUUUUUGAAGGAGAUGUGGAGGCAAUACAGGAUGAGAGUGUUUGUGAUGUCAGCAUGGAAGAAUGAACAGGGCGAGGUGCUGUUCGGGAUGCACAAUGAUAACGAGGCAUUAGGAGAUGGGGACAGUUUCAUGAAGACGAAGGAGUGGGAGGACAUCGAGCCAGUUUGGCAGGAGUAUGCACAGGAACAAUUUGGUGCCGGGGCACGGGAUGGAGGGCAACAGGUGAUGGGAGGUCGAAAGAGAAUCAGGAAGCCUGCUUUUGAACUCAAGACCAAUGGGGAUGGGAUGCUGGUGCUUCCAGACAUCACUGAAACGAAACUCGAGGAGAAGAAAGCCAUAGUCAGAGCAUUUCUUACAUCGCACUAUCGUAUCUGUUCCGGGAUUGACAAGGCAGUUGUGCCAUGGAGCGCCAUCGUACAAAGUCAGGAUGACUUUGUGGCAAGAAAGUAUGUUCCGGUGGAUGUAGACUUGAAGGAGCCAUCGAAGUUGCAACAUUGGGACAUGACCGCCUUACUGAAUUUCUGGUAUGCUCGGCAGGAGAAAGGCAAAGGUCCAACAUUCCUGUUCAAAGCAUCGAAGAACAGAGAUGGGGACAUGAAGAGAUACAGUGGCUCAAAAAACUGUCCACAUGUUUUCGCAUUUUUCACUGUCUAUGAUAUUGUGUGA